AAAUCGAACCCGAAUCACAAGACAAAACCAGAUGCAGCGCAACGCAGGUGUACGAAAUCGAUGGAAAUCUCUUCUUACGUACAAUUUUCGUCAGUAAGAAAGAUGCUAUUCCUCUGGAGAUAAUGUUAGAUGAAACUGAUAUUUCAUUCCACGUAUGUUUGUACGAAGAUCAAACAGUUUUCUCUUCUGCAACGAAGGUAUAUAUCUUCAGAGAUAAUAAGAUAAAAAAACUUUAUAUAAGGAACUUACCAGAAGCCACGUUAUAUAUUGGCUAUUUUAAAGAUAGUAAAGAUAACGCGAUUGGAUAUUUAUACAAAAAUCAUUUGGUCGGAAGAUUUCAAACUUCAUUCGAUACUCACUUUAGUGAACCAGCAAAUUUUCACCAACAGUUUAAAGGAGAAAACCAUACCGUUUUCUAUAACCUGAAAGAAGUAAUUUAUAACUCUAAGUAUAAAGAUGGCAAAGGUUUCUGUGACGAGAUUAAGCAUACACCCGAAAGCAAGAAAUAUUUCAUGCAAAAUGACGAAGCUCCGUGCAAUAAAAGUUUCUCUUUUAAAGUGAGGCAAGAAAGAAGUUGUUCAUUAGAAAUCUUAGUAGAUCAUACAUACUUCGAAUAUAUGGAGUUUAACGUGAAUAGAACAGUUGCAGAAGUUCAGUUCUACACCAUGUUUGCACAAUAUGUAUUCCUCAACUCGGACAUUGAUCAAGACGGUAAACCGGAUGGCAUCGGUUUCAAUAUAGAUAAAAUAACCAUAUUUGGAAGUAAUGAUGAACCCGGUUAUCUACUAAACACUGACACAAAUAAAGAAAUGGAAUUUUUGGAACAUAUAUCUCAAUAUAGACACACGUCUUGCAUGUUGAUAUGUUUCACACGUAGAGACUUUUGGAAAGAUUCUGGCUGUUCUAGUGGAAGAGUCAGCAAAAUAGGAGGAAUUUGCUCCGAGGAUGAUGGUGAUGAUGAUACUUUGAUACGUAGUAAUGUAGGAUUUAUUACAAAUUUAGAAAGAAAUUUAACAAUACCAAGGUUUAAAGUUGCUGCAAAUUUUGUCCAUCUGUUGGGCCAUGCGUUUGGAUGUAAACACGAUCCUAUAGAUUUAAAAGAAUGCAAUCCAGGAGAAUUAAAGCAAUUUAUCAUGCAUGAAGAUGUUCCUUUUCAAAGCGAAAAUAAUUGGAGAUUUUCAAGUUGUUGUUUAAAAUCAAUACAGGAAAUAAUUAAAGUAAAAGCCAAAUGCUUGAAAAGAAUUAAGUUAGCCUUGUGUGGAAAUGGAAUUAUUGAAGAAGGCGAAGCGUGUGAUUGCGAUUACACAACAGACAACUGCACACAACACGAAAAGUGUUGUAUUCCUAAAAGUUCUCCCAAUCAGUGCACUGUUAAACACGAAAGAAACAUUGACUGUCCAUUCCAGUCAGCAGAAUGCUGCAACAAGUACUGUAAAUUUUCUCGAGUAACUGAAGGAAAGCCGUGUAAUAGUAACGUUACCUGCUUUAAUUCAACUACCGUCUGCGAUGGUACUUCACCAUUUUGUCCUGGAAUUUUAGAAGCUGAUGGAACACCGUGUCUCGGGACAUCACGAACUUGUCAGAAGGGUUACUGCGUCAGUAACGUAUGUGAACUUUACGAGUUACAACCCUGCGAGUGUCUAUCACUCGAACAAGAAUGUCACAUCUGCUGUAAAACGGAGACUAGUACAUGUAAAACAGCUAAAGAAUUAAAAAUUUUCCCCUCAGAAAAUCAGUUAUAUAUUAAGAAAAUGGGCACACGCUGUAACAAAGGAUACGGAAGUUGUAUAAACAAUGGAAUUUGUAAAAUAGAGGAAAAGAAUUAUUUAAUUUGGUAUAUUGUCUUUGCAUUGCCGUAUCUUUUGUUUACUGCGUGGGCAAUAUUCUUCACUCGUAAGCAAAAAUAAAUAAAUUCUAAUUACAAAUAAUAUAUUUUUGAAUAAAAAGAGAGUGGAAACUUCACCAUAACGUAUCUG